UCAUUCCUGAGACGGGAGUCUGCCCACCCCUUGUGUAAAGCAAUUUAAACCUGAUAGGACAUCAUCUGCCUAUCUCCACUCAGGAUCUCUGCCGGACUAUUACACAGUCGCUCUUCACUUUCCGCGCUCAUACGCGCGUUCCCACCGUGGCAUGGCUUUUACGCGCAGACCUCCGUCCACCAGUGUGAUUUCUUCUUAAUCCAAGCUUGUUUAUUUUUGUAGAUUGAGCAAGUUGUGACUUCUCAAAUGUUUCUUAUAUUUCUUUCAUCCGUGGAAAUGCUCCGUCCAGAUCCAUAAAGGAACAACGACUGGUUAAUAUGAACUUGUUGCCAAGUGGAAUAUGUUUUUAUCUAUCUGUGGCAAUCUGCUGGCUGACGGCCGAGGUCGAUGCGUCCUGGUGGUACAUGGGCACCCUGGGCUCCCAGGUCAUGUGUGACAACAUCCCUGGCCUGGUGAACAAGCAGCGCCAGCUGUGCCGCCAACACCCCCGAGUGAUGCAGGUCAUCGGGGCUGGGAUGAAGGACUGGAUCUCAGAGUGCCAGCAUCAGUUCCGCAGCCACCGCUGGAACUGCAACACCACGGCGAGGGACCACAACCUGUUCGGACGCCUGCUGCUGCGCAGCAGCCGCGAGGUGGCCUUCAUGUACGCCAUCUCCUCGGCUGGUGUGGUUUACACGUUGGCGCGGGCCUGCAGCCAGGGUGAGCUGGACUCCUGCUCCUGCGAUCCCACUAAGAAGGGCUCCUCGCGGGAUGCCAAGGGCUCCUUCGACUGGGGCGGCUGCAGUGACCACGUGGAGCACGCCAUGCGCUUCAGCCAGGCCUUCGUGGACGCCAAGGAGAGGAAGGAGAGGGAUGCUCGGGCCCUCAUGAACCUGCACAACAACCGAGCCGGCAGGAAGGCUGUGAAGCGCUUCAUGAAUCUGGAGUGUAAAUGUCACGGCGUCAGUGGGUCGUGCAGCGUGCGGACCUGCUGGCUCGCCAUGGCUGACUUCAGACGCACCGGCGACCACCUACGGAAGCGGUACAACGGCGCGGUGCAGGUCGCCGUCAACCAGUACGGCACCGGCUUCACUGCUGCACACACGCACUUCAAACGACCUAGCAAGAACGACCUGGUGUACUUUGAGGACUCACCAGACUACUGCAUACGAGACCACGAGUCAGGCUCGAUGGGGACAGGAGGGCGGGUCUGCAACCGGACGUCCCGAGGAGUGGACGGCUGCGAGGUGAUGUGCUGCGGCCGGGGCUACGACACGUCCCGGGUCAGCCAGACCACCAAGUGCGAGUGCAAGUUCCACUGGUGCUGUGCCGUGCACUGCCAGGACUGCCACCAGCAGGUUGACGUGCACACCUGCAAAGGCCAGACGUGACCUCGCCGCCGCCAUCACUGAACACUACUGACCUUCUCACGUUACAGCAGCAAGGUCACACUGCGUCACGUAGAGAGACAGCAAGGGACUCGCCCACUGAUCACCUGUCAAUCAAACAGUAGGUAGUUAGAUUCUCUGUAAAAUGACGUUUAUGCCAAAAAAAACACGAGACACAAACAGGCCACGUCUGUGUGUCUGACCACGAAGCUUCAAGACUCCAGAUGAUUAGAGCAACAGGAGUAAUCACUAAAAUUAAUGAUCAGUGCAUUUAUUCAAAAAGAAACUAUAUCGAUAAACACUAAUUCACACCUUCUACAGUGAACUCUGUGAGUGUUGUGUUUCAGCACUUUGCAUUUGGAGCACUACUGUGCAAUCGAUUGUGGGGUUGACUUCCUGUGAGGUUAGUGUUUUAGCAUUGCCACUGGCUAACAGGAGUUGAAACAGAAAUGGUGAUAUUACAUACAUACAUUAUCUGAGGCCACUUUUUAAAGUCAUCCUCCCUCCAUAGUAGAAGCAGAGGAAUUAUGACAUUGUCUCCAAGAGAGAGCACUAGUGUUCCAUCAGCUUAUACUAUUCAUGACCGUUCAGACACCAUCUUGCUCCCAGUGCAACUUCAUCCCCGUCGUGUGCACGAAUAUGACCCCCCUUGUUGCUGAUUGGCUGGAACAGUGUUGUGCUGUUUGGGUUAUCCAGCGUUCAGGUUUCCCAAAUAAAAAGUGUAUUUUAUUAUAAUCAGCCACCCCACCUUUAAAUCAGAGUUACAGAAAUUAUCAGGUGUAGAAAUAAAUCUGCUGGUCCGAGUUCUGACAGUUCGGAGGUAAACAGAUAUAAAAACACAGCAGCCCCGAGGACUGUGCACUGAAAAUAUAUCUGAAGUUAUGUAAUCUACUGUAGUUAUGGCAGAUCUGUGACCAGGGGCAGAGUCGCCUCGUUCACUGUGUCGUUCUUGAGAAUUUCAAAAUUUUCCAACAGUUUAAUGCAAAGCAGAAACAAGCCCGUCCUUAUCCAGGUCUCCGGCUGCUGGCUCUGAUCGCAGGAUGUUUUCUCCCUCACCUCACGUGUGAGGAUUAAGAUCAUUUGUUAUCAUCAGUCGUCAUCGCUGACUCUUUUCCUCUCUUGUGUUUCCACUUUGUAACAGUAUCAUUUAGAAUCUCUCUUAUACAGCACAUACAUUAUCAUUUGUUUCAGAUGUAAAACAAAAAGUCUGUUAAUCUCAUCCAGCGGUUCGUGUGUCAUCUUAAACCAGAGACUGUGACGUGCUUUCCUUUAGUCUGCUGCUCUCUGUAAUUCGCUGAGUGGAAUUACAUGCAGCACAACAGUACACUGGGAGAUUUCACACAUACUGUUUAACAUCUGCUUCAAAUAAAAUUUAUGAAUUCAGAGGCUUCUCUCAAGUUUAUGCGCACUACAGCCAUUUUAUAUAUAUAACAUAAUGGUUAACAGACACUGUACUUGGUGGUUCUAUUCAUGUAUUUAUAACUAUAAUUCCUGUGGUGGGCGCUCAUAAGUUAUGUCAAAUAUAAAUGAAAACAAUGAAGUAACUAUGAUCAAUCCACCUUCAAGCAGGUAAAAAUAAUAACCGUAUCAAGCGUGAUUGUGCCUCUUUCACCAUCUAUAGGCAAAGAAAGUAACAGCCUCUGCAGUUCUACCACUAGUGCCACCUGCAGGCAAUGAGAAAAGAAAAAGAAAAGAAAAACGUUUUCGCACUUCAGGGCCUGUUCACACAUACGCAAGUGUUUAGUGGCCGUCUGUUCACUUUGAAUCUGAAUGAGCAAGAGAGUGAAUGAAACAUUUGCCUCCUGUGUCGAGGAAAAUCAUAGCGUGGCUUCACCUGUUGUUCAACUUUGGUGAACUCUGACCCGCAAUAUUUGCUUUGCAUUCGCGUAUGUGACCAGGCCUUAACUCUGCAAUUUAUCUUAUCAGCCGAACUUCCAUUCUGAUGCUGGAGCAAGAAUGUGGGCAGUGGGGAAUCUUAAAUCUGUCCCAUCAGACAGAAACAAGGUGAACAUGGGUGAAAUGUUUGAAGACAGUGAAUUCUAGAAGUGGAAAUCUUCCAUUCUCGUAAACAAGCAGAUCAAGUCCACUGUGCCAAUGACCAGCAGUGUAAACUUUGAAGUCUUCAGUGUUAGGCGGAUAAAAGAUCAUAUGUUUAAGGUUAAUAGAAGUUAAAAAUGUCACAUUUGACAAGUUUAAACACUUACUGCAGCCAUUAAGAGGACAGGACCUCGCAUUCUUACCCUAUGCCUGUAGGUGGCGCAGGCUCGUCUGGGACUCCAUUUGUAAUAGGAUCUGCUGCUCUUAAAUGUCAUAAAAUGCAGACAGAUCAUAUUGUGUACAUGUAAACACACUUAAUAAUCUUGUCGCCUCCAAACCAGCGUCAACAUCAGUUCAAGGAAACAGCGUCUGAACACAUUUAAGUUAUCUCUAAAUCCUCGUUAGUCAUUUCAUGUAUUUAUUUACACACGUCUGUAAGAAUAUCUGAAGUUUAUUUGUGAAGAAGAAAUAUUAGUGUCACACAAUAGCUAGACUGUAGUAAACACAACUCAUUGGAUGAGGUAAAAACCUGCGUUUUAACACAUUCAGAUUGGAAAUGAGUUUGUUUUUAUCCUUUAAGCAGACGCAACUUGUUUAUAGAGGCAUCCCACUUGGCUUUGUUUGUUAGUGUAAAUAUGUUGUGUAAAUAAAGAUCAGAUAUAUAGCGUAUGGAACCAUUAACUUUAACCCACAGACCGGUCACACAUCCUAUAUAAUAACGUUAUUUCACUCAGUCCAGGAUUUAUAAUCAGUCACCUCCAUGUCAAAAUCAUCACACUCCCUGUGUUCGAUUCUGAGAUUGUUACCAUGAUGAACGGACCACACACAAAUAAGACAGCUUCUGUUCCCGGUUUUAUUCUCAAGUCUCAUUUAAGGAGUUUCUUUUUUUAGCUUAACCUACAAAUCAAGUACUUAACGUGUUUGUCGGUCGUUUUCUAAAACAACCCGUUUGAUUUUUGCACAAACUGUAUUUAUCCUUAUCUGUUCCUUUCUGUGUGCCAUGAAAAUCUAUGAACACUGCUGAAAUGUGUCCUUUGUUUUGUCUUCGAGGAAACAUCGAUGCAGCAUUCAUUUGUCAAAACCUCCUCGAUCACUCAAUUAUUUAGAUACAGUGAUCAGAUUCUCAAACUGAGAAUAGGUUUAAGUUUAUAAAAAAACUGAGCUUGUUCUCAAUCAUUUUAAACUGUCAUGAAAAGUUCUGUUUUCCGGUAAAGAACCAAACUUCCUUUCAAAUAAGUCACAUUCUUAUGAUGACGCCAGGAUCACUUCAAGGAUAUACAACGGGAUUUUGAGAAGGUCAUAAUAUUGCAAGAAAAAGGUAAUAUGAUGAAAAGAAACUCAUUUUAGGAAAAAAAUAAAAAAAUGUUUUAUGGGUCAUAUUAUGAGAGAAAUCAUGUUACAAGUUUGACUACAUCUCAUUUUAGAAGGCCAAUAUCAGAGAAUCAGUCCCUCUUCUACAUUUUAAAGAUUGAUUUAUUCAUUAGUGAAAUCUAUACUUUUUGGCUCAUCAGCUCCACAACAUAAGUAAUAAAUCAGACUUGAGAUGUGCAAGAAACUGCAUUUAUUCAGAAGAACCCACCGACCUCAUACCUGUUCUGUUGGCUGCUGAUAUUUCCUAAAAAUGUAUUUUUCCUCGAGAUAUUUUUUUCAGUUUAAAUGACGUUAUUUUUUGAAUAUUAAGACCGUAUUCUCAAAAUGUCAGUGUUUUCUUCAAUGUGGCCAUAUAAAGCAGCCUCCGUCAGCAUCAGUGAAGACCGAAGCAGUAGCAGGUUCAACGGGUUAGUGAGGUGUGAUUUUGUGGAUGACAGCAUUAAUCCAGUGGCUGGAGGAAGAUGUGAAGGAUUCCACAGACAAAUAAUCCAAUUUACCAGCUUGUCUCCUGCAGCAGCUCCAGCUGACGGUCAACUGCUUCUGUUGUGAGGCUCUGAGUGAAUCAACUUGUUGGAAGAAGCUGCUUGCAGCAAUACACAAAAAGUCCUUUAUUGUAUUUUUUGUCUUUUCACUUUUUUAAUGAUGGCAAUUUAUCACCUCUUUUUGUACAACAAAAGAACAGCUGUAAAUGAUCGAAAACCCCCCAAAAAUGCAAACAUAUCAAAUAAAGUCAAAACCGAUUCUGGA